AUGUCUGACGACGAUACUCAAGAAAGACUACAAGCCAUAAAACAAUAUCUUGAGACAUCGUCGUCCCACUCUUCAAGGACUAUCACUGACAAUCCACUCUUUCAACCUUCAAAGAGAGUCAAUCCAGUACAAAUACCAUUACCAUCUGAAAACGAUUCUGACUCUGAAACAUCAGUUAAGUCUCAGAUGGCACAAGAAAGGACGUUGAAAGAGUUGGCAGCGCCGAAUCUAGACCAUCAACCUCUGUGUAUUCAAUAUCCGGCGUUGGACGUUAACUUUGAACUCAAAUCGGGCCUCAUACAUUUAUUACCAUCUUUCCAUGGGCUACCAGGAGAGGACCCAAAUAAGCAUCUGACUGAAUUUCACAUAGUCUGUUCUAGUAUGAAACCAGCUUUAGUAACGGAAGAGCAGAUUAAAUUAAGAGCAUUUCCAUUUUCUUUGAAGGAUGGUGCAAAGGAAUGGCUCUAUUACCUUCUACCUGGAACUGUUAAUACCUGGAAUGAAAUGAAGACAUUGUUCUUGGAGCGUUACUUCCCCGCAUCUAAGGUUGGUAGUAUAAGGAAGGAAAUCUGUGGUAUUCGCCAACAGACUGGGGAGUCAUUAUAUGAGCAUUGGGAGAGAUUUAAGAAGCUAUGUGCUAGCUGCCCCCACCACCAAAUAAGUGAACAACUCCUAAUCCAAUACUUUUAUGAAGGACUAUUUCCAUUGGAUAAGAGCAUGAUUGAUGCAACAAGUGGGGGAGCACUGGUGGACAAGACUUCUGCUGCAGCUAGGAGCUUAAUUUCUAAUAUGGCAGCUAAUUCUCAACAGUUUGGAGUUCGUCAAGAAGUUUCAGUUAAGGGAUUAAAUGAGACAAACUCUAAAGUAAAACAGCAACUGGCGCACUUAACUAGUAUGGUUCAACAAAUGGCUUUAGGUCAUCAAGUGAGACCUUGUGGCAUAUGUCAGUUGGUGGAGCAUUCUACUGAUGCAUGUCCCACACUUCAAGAGGAUACCAAUGAGCAUGUAAAUGCAAUGGGGGGAUUCCCAAGGCAACCUAGGCAAAGGUAUGACCCUUAUGCUAUAACUUAUAAUGAAGGAUGGAAGGAUCAUCCUAAUCUUCGAUAUGGGAAUCAACAACAAACUGUACCAACUAGACCACCAGGAUUUCCUUAUCAACAAAGAUAUGCUAAAACAGUUAGUAGCCUCCAAUAUGCAAACUCAAGCACUUCUUCAAGGCGCUCAUGUGUCCCUGAAAAAUUUAGAGAAUACUAUGGGCCACAGAAUCAAGGAAAAUUACCUUCACAGCCUGUACGAAACCCAAGGGAAAAUGCUAAUGCCAUCACACUAAGAGAUGGCAAGACCUACGAUCCACCCACUAUUCCAUCAAAUUCAAAUGAUGCACCAUUAUCUCUGACCCAAUCUGCCCAACAAGACAAAGAUGAAACCCCAACCACAUCACCAAACCUUAAACCCACUAUUUCCACUUAUGUCACUACUCCUCCAUUUCCUAGUUGUUUGAGAAAGACCAAGAAGGAUGAAGCUGAACACGAAAUAUUGGAGACUUUUCACAAGGUUGAGGUAAAUAUUCCCUUACUUGAUGCUAUUAAACAAGUACCUCGAUAUGCAAAGUUUUUAAAGGAGUUAUGCACCAAUAAGAGGAAGUUAAAAGGGAAUGAAAAGGUGAGUGUGGGGGAAAAUGUUUCGGCGGUUCUUCAAAAGAAACUUCCACCAAAGUGUAAGGAUCCUGGCACCUUCACUAUUCCCUGCACUAUUGGCAAUAAAAGAAUUGAAAGAUGUAUGUUAGAUUUGGGUGCCUCAAUUAAUGUAAUGCCGUACUCUAUUUAUGCCUCUUUGAAUUUGGGACCACUAGAAGAAACGGGGGUGAUCAUACAAUUAACGGAUCGUUCUAAUGCCUAUCCAAGGGGAGUAGUAGAGGAUGUAUUGGUUAAAGUUAAUGAAUUGGUUUUUCCGGUAGACUUUUACAUUCUUGAUAUGGAAGAUGACUCAAUUCCGUGUUCUACACCAGUAUUAUUGGGAAGGCCAUUCUUAAAGACAGCUAGAACUAAGAUAGAUGUUCAUGAGGGAACUUUGACCAUGGAGUUUGAUGGUGAGGUGAUUCGAUUUAAUAUUUUUGAGGCUAUGUGGUAUCCAAGUGAUGUUCAUUCAGUUUCUUCAAUCGAUAUUCUGGAUUCUUUGUCACAAAGAAUUCUAGAUUUACAUGGAGAUGAUGGGUUAGAUAUUGUUUUGAGGGAAUCAAUAGAUUUGAAAGAAGAUUUUAUCACCACUGAAUUAAAGGAGACAAUGGCUGCACUUAAUAGUGGUGGAGAGGUUUCUAAAGCAGUGUUGUUCUUAAAGUUGCCUAUUUCUUGUGAGCAGCUUCAACCAUCUGUUAAAUCACCACCCAAGCUUGAAUUAAAACCACUACCGGAGCAUCUCAAAUAUGUCUACUUGGGUGAGACAGAGACAUUACCAGUUAUUAUCACCACAAAACUUACCCAAGUACAAGAGGAGCGUUUAAUAAGGGUACUUCGGGAAUAUAAAACAGCCAUAGGGUGGACCAUAGCAGAUAUCAAGGGGAUAAGCCCAACUAUGUGA